AUGUCUGGUAGAGGUAAAGGUGGUAAAGGUUUAGGUAAAGGUGGUGCUAAACGUCACAGAAAGAUUUUGAGAGAUAACAUUCAAGGUAUAACCAAACCAGCUAUCAGAAGAUUAGCUAGAAGAGGUGGUGUGAAACGUAUUUCUGGUUUGAUAUAUGAAGAAGUUAGAGCUGUUUUGAAGAGUUUCUUGGAAUCUGUUAUCAGAGAUGCUGUCACUUAUACUGAACAUGCCAAGAGAAAGACUGUUACUUCCUUGGAUGUUGUUUAUGCUUUGAAGAGGCAAGGUAGAACCUUAUAUGGUUUUGGUGGUUGA